CGGUACAGCAGCAGCAACAGUAGCACAGCAGUAGCACCAACAGUAGCAGCAAUGUCGUUUGGCCUCGUCCCCCCCCUCUCGCAUAUUUCAUCCUCUCGUGCCACAUGACUCCCACGUAACUAUUCACUCGCAUGACGUGUAUCUUUUGUUCGCUCCACUCCGCAUGCAUGCGCGCAUGUGUCACUGCAUCGCAGUCCGUGGCGCCGCGUGGAAAUUCGCCCCUCUUCGCGCGCACACUGUUUUGAGUUUCCUUCCCGCUUGUUCACCCCUGUUUAAUUGGCUUUUUUUUGGUUUUUUUUUGUUCUUUUUUUUGUUCUUUUUUUUGUUCUUUUUUUUACCGCUUUUCCCCUUUGCUUCCUUUCCGCGUUUUCCACGGAUCCCUCCCCCCGCACGCACCUCGCGAUGGAAAAUCCACUCGCCAGAAUGUGCAGGGCUAAGUAUUUGUUCGCCCUCGCCGUGUGUGUGAUUGCCCUGCUGAUGAGGGGGCACUCCUCGGUCAAGUGCACCCGCGCGGGGGCUCCCCAGGGGAAGAUCUCUCUUUUUCUGGAGACAAAGCUGGCCGACUUGGGAAUAGCCGACCCCCCCUACACCGUUUUCAACUUCGCAACGGAGGCUGCCAACACCACUGACGUCUUAGAGGAUGAGCUCAGGAGAAAGGAGAACAAAGCCAUGAGGCGAUUCAGGCACGACUUGAACGAAAAGAAGGAGCGAACCGCAAACUUGCUGACCAGCCUUUUGAAGAACUCCCUUCACUUUUUCGACGCCGAGCAUGAGCACAGCUGAGACGGAGAGGUGAGCACUCCGCGGGGGAGAAAAUGAAAGCUCAUUGGCAAGUAGUCAUGCCACGUAGCCUUUAGUUUUUUUUUUGUUUUUUUUUCUUUUUUUUUGAGAACGAUUACGACCAUUUGAAUAGUUAGUUCCCGCUUGGCCA